AUGUCCGAAUCUGACCAGGAGGAAAGUUCACCUGAGCCAGUUUCACCAAGAACCGCUGCUGUGCGUGCUGGUUUGAGGAGGAAUUAUAGUUCUUCAAGAGUUGAAUCUAAAAGUUACGAAUCUGAAGGUUCAAGCAACAUGGCAGAGAUUCUGAACAACAACAAUGAUGAAAGAGGUGGUGCGCUUGUUGUCCAACCAAGAAAACCCCUGCGUGAGUUUUCCAUUCCCAAAGUCACCGAUCAACCUUCGUGCAUUGUCUAUCCUCAACUCACAGUUGAUAGGUUUGAGCUUAAAAGUGGUAUGAUUCAUCUUUUUCCAACUUAUUAUGGUAAUACCACUGAGGAUCCUUACAUGCAUAUUAAGCAAUUCUUUGAAAUAUGUGCUACGAUCAAAAUUCAAAACCUUGAUGAUGAGCGGAUUAAGAUGAGGCUAUUCCCAUUCACUUUAAAAGAUAAAGCUAAGUCUUGGUUAUACUCUUUGCCUAAUGCUUCAAUUCAUACUUGGGAAGAGCUUUCUAAUAAGUUUUUGCAGAAAUUUUUUCCGGCUCAAAAGACUAACAAGAUUAGAAAGGAAAUUCUUGGUUUCACACAAAAGGAAGGAGAAGCUUUUCAUGAAUGUUGGGAGAGGUACAAGGAGAUGAUAAGUUCUUGCCCACACCACAACAUAGAGAGUUGGAUGCAAAUGCAAUCUUUCUAUGAAGGUUUGCUUGAUUCCGAAAGGAUGAUGGUAGAUGCAACAAGUGGAGAAGGACUGAUGAACAAAACAGCAGAUGAGGCUUUUACUCUCUUUGAAUCCUUGAGUGCUAACUCUCAACAAUGGAGCCACAAUAAAGGAAGAGGAGCUCCUAUGAAAGCUGUGGUCUCUGAGGUAAUUACUAAUAAUGAGAUUGCUGCAAAACUUGAUGUUAUGUGUUCUUUGCUCCAACAGGCAAUGACUGGCCCUCUAGGAAACAAAGUGGAAGUUCAAGACCAAUCUUUUGCGGAGCAUAUGCUAGAACAAGCAAAUGCCCUUCAAGCAAGGAAUCCUCAAAAUGAUCCUUAUUCAAACACGUACAAUCCGGGAUGGAGAAAUCAUCCUAAUUUCAGGUGGAACAACAAUCCAAAUGUGCAACAAUCUCAAGGACCUCCCCCAGGAUUCCAAACACAACAAAGGCAAUUCCAGCAAGCUCCCCAACAAGUGCAAGAGCAAAGGGGUGAUCAAAUGGGAGAAUUGCAAGACAUGUUCAAGAAGUUCAUGGGGCAACAGAUGCAAACCAAUCAGAACCUUCAAAAUGCAGUGAACAAACUAGAAGUGCAAGUUGGGCAGAUUGCAUCCUCCAUGAGCAAUAGAGCAUCCGGAACUUUCCCAAGCCAAACGGAGGUUGGAGAUGCCAAUGAAAGGCAAGAAGAUGGAGAACAUGUGGAGAUCAUUCAGCCACCACAUGGGCAGCCCACAGCUUCCAACAAACAGUCCAUCAAUGGUCCUAGAAAGAGCACAGGCCCUAAGGUAUCAUCUAAUGCUAAUCAAGUUCCAAUUUCAACUAAUGCUUUUAGGCCUAUUGCACCCUUUCCCAGCAGGUUAUCAAAGUCAAAGAAAGAUCAAGGCUUGGAUGAGAUAAUGGAAAAAUUCAAGAAGGUGCAAAUCAACAUCCCAUUGCUCAAUGCCAUUACUCAGAUUCCAAAGUAUGCAAAAUUUUUGAAGGAUCUAUGCACUAACAAGAGGAGAUUCAAAGAGCAUGAACAAGUUGCAUUGAGUGAAGAAGUAAGUGCAGUGUUACAAAGAAAGCUGCCUCCAAAGCUAAAGGAUCCAGGUUCGUUUUCUAUACCUUGCAUAGUUGGUGAUUUUAAGUUUCAAAAAGCUUUGCUUGAUCUUGGUGCUUCUAUAAAUCUUAUGCCAUAUCAUGUUUAUGAGAAACUUAACCUUGGUGAGUUGCAAGCCACUUCUGUGAGCAUUCAAUUGGCAGAUAGAACUAUUAGGUACCCUAAAGUCAUUCUAGAAGAUGUUUUGGUGAAAGUGGAAGAGCUAAUUUUGCCAGCAGAUUUCUUGGUGUUGGAAAUGGAAGAAGCACCAAUUCAUGACAAUCAGUUGCCACUCAUUCUAGGUCGGCCAUUCAUGGCAACUGCCGGUGCUAUUAUUGAUGUAAAGAAGGGUACAUUGACCAUGAAUGUGUUUGAUGAGACAAUAGCAUUCAAAGUGUUUGAAGCCUCCAAGUUCCCAAGUGAUGAGCAUGAAGUUUUCCAUCUUGAUGCAAUUGAUACUGUGGUGAAAGAAGCACUGCCAAUGAGUUAUUUGGAGCCCAUUGAAGCAUGCAUCACACAAAGCAUAAGGGAAGAAGAAGUGGACAGCUUAGAGGCUGUGAUCUCUCCUUUACUUCUUGAGCUUGUUUGCAGCAUGGAUAGCUACAUAGAAAUUGGAAAGAGGUAUGCAAACCAAUUUGAAUCAUUACCCCCACCUACUAAUAAGGUUUUACCUUCUAUUGUGCAGGCACCAGAGUUGGAAUUAAAGCAAUUGCCAAAACACCUUAAAUAUGCUUAUUUAGGUGAAAAUGAGACUCUACCUGUUAUCAUUGCCUCACAUCUCGGACCAAAUGAUGAAAAGAAGCUUUUGAGAGUUCUAAAAGAGCACAAAACUGCAAUCGGGUGGAGCAUUGCAGAUAUCAAAGGCAUAAGCCCAACACUGUGCAUGCACAAGAUAUUAUUGGAAGACAAUGCAAUUCCUAAGAGGGAUGCCCAAAGACGUCUCAAUCCGAACAUGAAGGAGGUGGUAAGGAAAGAGGUAAUUAAGCUUUUAAAUGUUGGUAUUAUUUACCCUAUUUCUGAUAGUAAAUGGGUGAGCCCAGUGCAAGUUGUCCCCAAGAAGUCAGGUAUCACAGUGGUGAAGAAUGAAGCAAACGAACUUGUACCUACACGGAUGACCACGGGAAUUGAGGUAGAUAAAGCUAAGAUUGAUUUGAUUGCCUCUAUGCCCUCACCUACUUCUGUCAAAGAAGUACGUUCUUUCCUUGGCCAUGCAGGUUUCUAUAGGCGUUUCAUUAAGGAUUUUUCUAAGAUUACAAGGCCUAUGUGCAAUCUCCUUGCCAAGGACAUGGAUUUUGUGUUUGAUCAAGACUGUGAGAAUGCUUUCAAUGCUUUGAAGAAGAUGCUCACAACUGCCCCAAUCAUUAUACCACCGGAUUGGAGCUUGCCUUUUGAAUUGAUGUGUGAUGCCUCAGAUUAUGCUGUUGGAGCUGUUUUGGGACAGCGAGUUGAUAAGAAGCCACAUGCCAUCUACUAUGCUAGUAGAACCCUCAACGAUGCCCAACUCAACUAUUCCACCACAGAGAAGGAGUUGUUAGCUGUCAUAUUUGCUUUAGAGAAGUUCAGAUCAUAUUUGAUUACUAACAAGGUUAUUGUUUACACUGAUCAUGCAGCAUUGAAAUACUUGUUAGCUAAGAAGGAUGCCAAACCACGACACAUUAGAUGGAUUCUCUUAUUGCAAGAGUUUGACUUGGAGAUAAAAGAUAAGAAAGGAAGUGAGAAUGUCGUGGCUGAUCACUUGAGUAGAUUGGUGCAUGUAUCUAACGAAGAGGAGGAUUCAUUGCCAUUGCGUGAAAGCUUCCCUGAUGAGCAACUCUUCUCCAUUUGUGCUUUGAAUUCUCUCAAUCCAUUGCCUUGGUUUGCUGAUAUUGCUAACUAUUUGUGCACUAAUGAACUCCCUACAGGGUUAUCUACGUUCCAACGUAACAAGCUUAGGAAGCAAGCAAGAUACUACUUUUGGGAUGAUCCAUAUCUAUUCAAGCAUUGUCCAGACCAAGUAACGAGGUGUGUGCCUGAAGGUGAUUUUAAGAGCAUUCUAGAGUUUUGUCACUCCCACGCAUGCGGAGGCCAUUUUGGACCAAAGAAGACUGCCAGCAAAGUGCUACAAUCAGGUUUCUUUUGGCCUACCCUUUUUAAGGAUGCUUAUGUUUUUUGUGCUUCAUGUGAUAGAUGCCAACGGAUGGGUAAUUUACAUGCUAGAAAUCAGAUGCCUCUCACCAAUAUCUUAAUCAUUGAUAUAUUUGAUGUUUGGGGAAUUGAUUUCAUGGGCCCUUUUCCUACCUCUUAUGGAUUUGAAUAUAUAUUAGUUGCUGUUGAUUAUGUUUCUAAAUGGGUGGAAGCCAUUGCCACUAGAACUAAUGAUGUUAAGGUUGUGAUCGGUUUUCUCAAAGGAAAUAUUUUUACAAGGUUUGGCACACCUAGAGCAAUCAUUAGUGAUGGUAGCUCCCACUUUGUUAACCAAGCUUUUGCAGCACUCUUGAAGAAAUAUGGAAUCACGCAUAAGGUGGCAACACCCUAUCAUCCUCAAACUAGUGGGCAGAUUGAGAUAAGCAAUAGGGAGAUUAAGCACAUACUUGAAAAGACAGUGAACACCACAAGGAAGGAUUGGUCCAUGCGUUUGGAUGAUGCAUUGUGGGCUUAUAGGACUGCUUAUAAGACCCCUAUAGGUAUGUCUCCGUAUAGACUUGUUUUCGGUAAACCUUGUCACUUACCAGUGGAGCUUGAGCACAGGGCUUAUUGGGCAAUCAAGGCCUUCAAUUUUGAUAUGAAAGCUGCUGGUGAGAAGAGGAGGCUUCAACUCAAUGAGCUGGAGGAGUUGCGACAUGAAGCGUAUGAGAAUGCGAAGCUUUACAAGAAGAAAACAAAGCAAUAUCACGACAAGAAAAUUCUUAGGAAGACGUUUGAGAAAGGGCAGAAGGUUCUCUUAUUCAAUUCACGCCUUAAGCUCUUCCCAGGUAAGCUUCGUUCUCGGUGGAUUGGCCCUUUUGUUAUUACUAAUGUGUUUAAUCAUGGCGCAGUGGAGAUUCAAAACAUUAAGGGUGGCAGCACCUUCAAGGUGAAUGGACAUCGGUUGAAACCUUACUUCGAUGCCAACUUUGAUGCCAAUAUUGAGUCUCAAGCACUCAAGGAGCCUCCACCACUCUCUUAAAGCUCACCAGAGUUUGGAUGUCCGGCUGAAGACGUGAAAC